AUGGCAACAACAUUAGAUAUAAGAGAAGACGCUUUCCCAGCUCGGAGUCGGUCAGCCUCUGGAUUGGUCAAUGGCGUAUCAACAGAAGUCACGCUACUAGAGUUUUCUGAUAAGAUUUUAAUCACGAUUAGCCAGGAAGGGCGACUGGCGCAAUGGAUCCAAGUGCCCAUGAUGGGAACUACUGCGGGCAUAAUUGACAUGGCCCUUCCAAGCAGCGGCCACGGCCUGCUUCCCGCCACUCAUCUCGCCCCAAAGACGCUGCUGGGAGGCGGAGGCGACGACAGAGAAACCCUCGGACAGCUUUACGCUUCACAAAUUGCCAGCCACAUUUCCUUGAAGUCUCCUGAGGAGAGACGGACGCUUGUAUUCGGAUUUGGGCUCGCAAAAGCCGAGAAGGAACAGGAAACAUUCUUUGAUCUCUUUGAGCUGGCUCUCAAAGUGUUGUGA